AUGGAGGUGGACGCGCCGCCCCGACGCCUACCCCGCCGAGCGCACACCCGUCCUGAGGCUUGUCCGCCCUUCCCAACAACUCAGGAGGAUCUGAGGAAACCACCGGCCCCUUCAAACGAGCCUGGAGCGUUCGAGGCACUCGAGUCCGACUUUCAGGAGGUGCUCCAGGAGCUAGCAGGUGACGAAUCGCUCGAGCGCUUCCGCCUCGAGUACGAUAAACUGCACCGCGCGCUCAAGACGUCUCAUGUGUCCGAGAAGCGCCUCAUAAAACGAUGCCGCGACCUCAACGGCGAGAUCGUCUCCAACGCAGCCAAGGUGCAGACAGCGCUAAAGCUAUCGCAGGAGGACCAAAACACCAUCGCGUCGCUCAAGCGCGAGAUUGAAAAGGCACGCUUGCUACACUCUUGUGAGAACGCGAGCGCCAGGCGCAGCGCGUGGAAAAUGGCGGACACGGCGCACGAGAAGGAGGAGAAGGCCAAGUCUACGAUCGGAGCGCUCAAGACGGAGAUCCAAAACCUGUCGCAUCUGGUCGAGCAGGGCGCCGGCCUGAGCCUGGGACACGAGAAUGCGAUGAAGGAGCUAGCGGCUGCAACCAAAGCACUUGCCAAGGCGCGCGACGCCGAGGCGACGCAGCUGCAUUUCCUCAAGAAGGAGAGCCGCGCUCAGAUCGAGAAGAUGGCCACGAUCGAUGCCGAUUCGGCGGCGGCCGCUGUAAAUCUGGCGACGCUGCUUGCCGAGACAGAGGAGAAGAGGGCGGAGGUGGAGCGCGAGCUUGCACGUAAGAGGAAGAUCGAGGCCGAGGUAGCGGCCGCGCGCGGCGCCAUCGAGGAGAAGGCGGCAGAGGGGCGCGAGGUCUUGGCGGAUCUCCAGGCACAGAAGGAGCUGGCGUCGAAGCGCGAGAUCACGCUGCGCGAGGAACGCGGGCUCUGCGAGAAGGGGGCAAAGGAGGCAGGGGUGCUGGAGGGCAAGGUGCUCAAGGCAUCAAAGGAGGCGGACGAGAUUGAGGUUGCAAACCGGCAGCUGCUCGCCGAGGAGGCCGAGCGGGAGGGGCAGCUCAAGCUGCGCAAGGAUGAGCUCAUCUCUGGGCAGCGCGAGCUGGACAAACAGGCAGCACUGUGCGAGGCCUACGCGAAAAAGAUCAAGAGCACCCGUGGUACGCUCAGCCGGGCGGAGAAGGAGCUCGACGAGGCCAAGGCGCGCAGCUCUGCAACCGAGAGCGAGCUCGAGACUGCGCGGUCCGAGCACGAGCGCGAGAGGAAGGCGGUGGGCAGCUUGCUGCGCGAGCGGGAUGUACUGCACCGCCAAAUGGUCAAGGCUGGCGUGCUCAACCAGAGGCAGCUCGACCAGGUCCGGAUGCACGAGAAGGAGAGGCAGACCCUCGAGCUCGAGAUUGCCGGCUACAAGGCGGACGCGCAGGAGCGGCGCAAAGCGAUCUUUGCGCUCGAGCGAGAGUGCGACGAGCUAGGGGUAGAGGCGGCCGAGGCGGCGGCCAAGCACGCGCAGGCCCUUGACGCCAUCAAGGAGCGCGAGGCGGCGGCCGCCUCGCUGCAGCUGCGGGUUUCCGAUGUCGAAACGCGGCGGCAGCAGCAGCAAACACUAUACGACGCGGUGCGCGCGGACCGCAACCUGUACUCGAAGCACCUGAUCGACGUGCAGGCGGAGGUGGAGGAGAUGCGACGAAGAUUUAAGAUCAUGCACCACCAGAUCGAGCAGCUCAAGGAGGAGGUGCACGCCAAGGACCGAGGGCUUGUACGGGAGCAUUUUGACCACCUCAAGGCGGAGAAGGAGAACGAGCUAGUGCAGGAGCAGCUUGCGGCGCAAAAGGAGUCGAGCGCCGCAGGGAACGAGGCAGUCGCGCAGGCAGAGGGCGAGAUCGUGCGCCUCAGCGAUUCCAUCAACGACGCGGAGGGCGAGCGCCGGCGCCAGAAGAAGGAGAGCGACGCGGUCCGUCGAGAGCAGGAAAUCCUCGGCACGCAGCUCCUCCGGCGCACCGACGAGAUUACGCUGGUCUACGAGAAGAUACGGAUUUGCGACUCGAUGCUCGAGAAGGGUGAGCAGCACUACAGGGCGCAAUCUGCAGAGGUCGACGAGCUGCGCGGCCAGAUCGAGGCCGCACAGGGGAGGCUGGCGGGGCUGGGCAGCUCGAUGACGACGGUGACGCGUAUGCGCGGCGAGAUCUACCAGCUGCAGCGCGAGCUGCUGCAAGAGAGGACAAAGCUGCGCGCGCUGACAGAGGAGCUCGAGUACCCGAUGAAUGUCCAUCGAUGGCGCAAGCUCGAGAGCUCUGAUCCGGAGACGUACGAGCUGGUGCAGAAGAUACACAUCCUACAGAAGCGGCUCGUGGACAAGGCGGAGGAGGUCGCGGAGAAGGACCUGCAGAUCCACCAGAAGGACAAGCUCUACAAUGAGCUCAAGGCGCUCCUCGCGCGCCAGCCGGGCCCCGAGGUCGCCGGACAGCUUCGCGUCUACCAGCAGUCCCUUGGCGAGCGCGAGCGUCAGAUGAGCCAGAUGAAGUCGGAACUCUCGCACUUCCACACACAGGCGGCCGAGUACAAGCACGAGAUGGGGCGGCUGGGCAAGGAGCUGCGCGACGUCAAGAUGAAGUAUUUCGAGCAGAAAAAGAAGGAUCUGGCGGAGCGGGAGCGGAUCCGCGCGGAGCGAGCCCCUGCUGCGGAGACGCUCGCUCUGGAGGCGCGUUCGACGCUCACCCGGUUCACGGGAGGCGGCUUUAACUUGAGCGCGCCAUGGAGCGCGCCCAGUCACAGUGGCAUACAGAGUAGCCAAGCGGGCGCCUUGUCGUGA